GAUGUCUGUGUAUUUCCUAGUAGGGAAUGUCGUUCCCACCUGGGGCCAAAAUUCUGUGGUGUCUUUUAGUGGCUAAAUGGCACAAGAAAACGGCUGCAGAUAGCAAAAAAAAAGUUACCUUGAAAUCUCCAUACAUGUUACAAUAAAAAUUGGCAGCAUAUAUGCAGAAACCACUAUAAAUACACCAUUCCGGAAGUUCAAACAACACAUCUUUCAUUCAUUGUUCUAAGUUUUCCUUAGUAACCUCAUUUGAAAACAUUCCAUCCAAUCAUAAACUAUGUCUUCCACAACUUCUAAAAUCCUCACACUGAUUAUAUCUGCAUUUACCAUUGUGCAGAUAACAUUGGCUAGUGAUCCAGACAUCCUCACUGACUUCAUAGCUCCAAAUGGAAGCCAAGUAGACGGGAGCUUCUUCACUUUCACCGGUUUCCGUGUCCUUCUUCCACCAAACACACAACCCUCAACUUUCAAGGCAUUGAAAGCAAGCAGAACAGAAUUUCCAGCUCUGGAUGGACAAAGUGUGUCAUAUGCUGCUCUUGAAUUCCCACCUGGGAGUAUAAAUCCACCACACACACACCCUCGUUCCUCCGAGCUACUUUUCCUUGCUAAGGGUUCCCUUCAAGUUGGAUUUGUGGACACAACCAAUAAGCUUUUUACUCAAACACUACAACCUGGUGACAUAUUUGUGUUUCCAAAGGGACUUGUGCACUUUCAACACAAUUCUGAUACACAAAAACCUGCUUUGGCUUUUUCUGCCUUUGGUAGUGCUAAUGCUGGAACUGUUUCAAUUCCUAAUACAUUGUUUAACACCACCAUUGAUGAUAAUGUCUUGGCUUUGGCUUUCAAGACUAAUGUUUCCACCAUUCAAACUUUGAAGAAAGGCUUUGCUUCUUAA